CUAGACUUCCUCCUUACGCGUCCUCUGAUUGGCUUGCGAAGGUUAUGAAACCCCUGAAUGGGAGCUACAACCUUGCUGCAAACUUGUAAGGCGGUGUGAAACUUGCUUCGGUGCCUGUGCUUGUCCACCGCAAAGGCGGCCCCGGUCCAACAUGAAAUCAGCCUUUGUUUUGCUGACUGCGUUGGUAGCCUUGACAGCCUAUUACGUGUACCUGCCCUUACCCAGCACAGUGUCGGAUCCCUGGAAGCUCAUGCUGCUGGAUGCCACUUUCAGGGCAACCCAGCAAAUGUGCAACCUGGUUCACUGUCUAAGACUCAGCCAUCAUUUGAGAGUUCUGAAUUAUGUGAUUGGUACUUUUGACAAGCUGGAGCCCUCGUCCUCUGAUCACAUUAAGAUAACAGACGCCCUUUUUGAUGGAGUGGAAGUCAGAGUGUUUGAACCGUCUCCAAAGCAAGACGAAACACUAAAGCGCAGUGUCGUUUACAUCCAUGGAGGAGGAUGGGCUUUGGCAAGUGCAAGAACAAGCUUCUAUAACAAUCUCUGCAGGAUCAUGGCAGAAUCUCUGAAUGCUGUAAUUGUCUCAAUUGAGUACAGGCUGGUACCAGAGGUUCAUUUCCCUGAGCAAUUCCACGAUACUUUACGUGCAACGAAGUAUUUUCUGCGGUCUGACAUCCUAGCUAAAUACUCAGUUGACCCAGGUCGAAUUGCAAUUUCUGGUGAUAGCGCAGGAGGAAAUUUGGCUGCUGCUGUGUGCCAGCAGCUUAGUCUAGAUGACAGUGUGACCAACAAACUGAAGCUGCAGGCUUUAAUCUAUCCAGUCCUUCAGGCAUUGGACUUUAACACUCCUUCAUACCAGCAGAACACUGACAUGCCUGUUCUUCCUCGCUUCGUCAUGGUGAAGUUUUGGAUAGACUAUUUCAAUGGUAACUAUGACUUUGCCCCCUCAAUGCUGAUCAACAACCACACUUCCCUGGACGUAAGCCAGGCUGUUUAUUUCAGGGGACGUCUGAACUGGACUUCUCUCCUGCCUUCGACGUUCAAAAAGAAUUACAAACCUGUGAUACAACCCACAGGGAAGGCCGAAAUCAUCCAGGAAAUACCUGCACUACUUGACAUACGCGCAGCUCCAUUGCUAGCAGAAAAAGAAAUUUUUCAGCUUCAGCCAAAGACCUACAUCCUGACUUGUGAGAAUGAUGUCCUGAGAGAUGAUGGAAUAAUGUAUGCCAAAAGGUUGGAGAGCACAGGUGUGGAGGUCACACUUGAUCACUUUGAUGACUGCUUUCAUGGCUGCAUGAUCUUUACUAUUUGGCCUACCAAUUUCUCUUCAGGACAUCGGACCAGGGACAGUUACAUAAAGUGGCUUGCUGAAAACCUGUGAAGAAAGUGAGUCCUCUCUAGAAGGCACAUAACAGUCGAUCUAAAGCUCACUGCUUCAAAAACAAAAAAGUUGUGCACUUUUAGGCUAUCUAAUUUCAUUUGUUCAAGAUUAUGUCAUAGAGCUUCUGUUGCAAGAAGUAGCGUGUCACUAACUACUUGGUUAAUAGCUGAUUAGCCUUGUCCAGCAUAGCAAUUUGCUAAAUACUUAUUAAACACUGUUGUAUGCAGUGUAGCUGUAGCCAUGUCGGUCCCAGGAUAUUAGACACACAAGGUGGGUAAGGUAAUGUCUUUCAUUGGACCAACUUCUGUGGGUGAGGGAGACAAGCUAUUGAACCACACAGAGCUCUUCUUCAGCUCUGGUGGGAAAGGUACUCCCAGCAUCACAGCAAAAUGCAAGGUGGAACAGAUUGUUUUUCAUAAAUAGCUACCACAUAUGCUAAGGGACCAUUUAAGGUAGAGUGGCCCAUUAACACCUCUGCAGUCAUAGGACAAAAAGGGGGGGGUUAGUGGGUUACAGAUUGUUGUAAUAAGCCAUAAAUCCAGUGUCUCUGUUCAGUCCAUGAUUUUUAGUGUCUAGCUGAGUAAUGAAUUUAAAUUUUUGAUGCUCAGAGUACCUUUCCCAGACCUGAAGAGCAGCUCGAUGUGAUUCAAAAACUUGACUCUCUCACCAGCAGAAGUUGGUCCAAUAAAAGAUAUUAUCUCAUCCACCUUGUCGCGCCAUUAAAAACUAAUCAGUUGUAGAUUCAGAUGUGACAGAGCUUUGAAAGGGCAUUUCCGCAUUCCUACAGUGAUUCAAAACAAUGACAAGAGUGGCCACUUGACUUAAGGGGAUUAUGGGACAUUUCUGGAGGCCAGUCAGAGCGCAGUAAUGCAACACCUUGUUCACACUAAUGACCGGGCAUUGUAGCCAAGGCGCAGCAAACGUUAUUCCUCUCGCCGAGGUGGAGUACCAGCAGCACUGUAGCCGCGGAGUCAGAGCGCUCUACAUGCCUUGCCAGUGUGGACGGGGAGUAAGCUAGGGCGCCCAAGGCUCAUUUAUUGCACUGUAACUCGCAAGCCAAGCCCUGAGUCUCUUCUGUGCUUGUAACUUCCAUUCAUUGUCUUCCUUGCUUUUUGGAGGAAGUUUCCCCGUGUAGCAAGUAAAAUCACUAGAGAUGAGCUUGACCCUAAAGUCCAGAUUCAAAUGGAACUAGACAGCUGGAUCUUCUCUCUCAUGGAUGGAACCAAAAUCCCAGAUAUGAAUAGCCUAUGCUACUGGGGAAUCAAGCUCUGCAACUUGAGCUCCUCUCUAAAAUAGCCAGACAACCACAACUGAAGUUUUAAGACAAGGACAUGGAAACUACUUACAACAGUGUGUAUUUUGCAUAAUGUUUGUUGUUUUUGUUGUUGUUGUUGUUAUUGAAUGUAAGCUGUGACAAACUAACAAAAGCCAGGAACUUGUAAGCUAAGACAGAAAGAGUGAUGGUCUUGCAAUCUAAGUCCAGGGCUUUAACUUGCGAUAGCUGAUUUCAGUUCUGAGCUCUGCCACUCUGUGACUUUGAGCAACUUGCUUCAUCUUUGUGCCUCAGUUCUUUCUUCUGUAAGAGAGGGAGUAAUAUUUCUGUAUUUCACAAGGGUGUUGAAGAUAAAUGCGUAAACGUUAAUGAGGCACUGUGAUACUACAAGGGACUCUGUUAAAGGUUCCCAUUCUUCAGUCUGUAUUGUAUUGUUCUGUACUAUGCCAGCUUGGGCCAUUGCAGUGCAUGCCCUCUGAUGAAGACAACUUAUUUCUUUGGCUCAGCUUUCCAGUACUCUGCAAAUUUACAGCACUAAAGUAAGCACCUUCCUGGCUUUUGUCAAUUUAUUAUGGACCAUUUUAAAAUAGAGCCUUGUUUGUACUUGAUUUCUAUGGGAAGGUUCUAGAAAGUCCUAAAACACAUGUACUGGGUGGACCAGAUUGACUUCCACAUUUUUAAAAUGGAUAUUUAGAGGUCCAUUUUCAUUGGUAUGUGCACAUAUGUACUGGGAGCUAAUGGCAGAAUGACCUUGUUGUCUCAUAUGAGUUCAUAGCAAGAAACAGCAGGAUGUCAAUAUAAUUGUGUGUAUUAAGAAAGGUUAACAAGAGAGGGCCCCAAUCCAUGCUGAACCAUGAGAGCUUGAAACUAAUCUCUGGCUUAGGUUCACACAGAGGGCACAACCCAAGCCAAUUCUAAUAAUUGGCCAAGUAAAAACACUGACACAUAUUCUUCUCUCAGUUGCAUUGGUUUCAAUUAAUUGCCUUCAGUGGUGAUACUUCAGAUUUACAUAUAUGUAAAUUGGAGCAAAAUUUGGCCAGUGUAUCCAAUUAUCCCAAAAUGUAGGUAGGUUCCGCUCAGAUCUGGAUUUCAAAGCUCCCCCAUCAGGAGUGUUAUGGAUCCAGGGUUUUAGUUCCAAAGCUACUGGAAAUACCCAAAAGCCACCUUGCAAAUCUUAACAUAGGGACUACACCAAACUCCACUGAAGUCAAUGAAAUCAUUUCCAGUGAGUUUAGUUGGCUCUAUUUCGGACCUUUAUGGCUAUGGGCCUGAUCCAAACUCUACUGAAGUCAAUGGCAGUCUUUCCAUUGACGUCAGUGGGCUCUGGAUCAGACCUUGUAUUUCAAAAAAUAAAUCUCAGUACCAAAAAUAGCUUAAGGUACACUUGGCUACAGGUUUAUAAAAUGCAUUUUAGAAAACUCAAGUUGCUAUAGUACUACAAAAUAGCAUCCAAGUGGUUAAUAGUCCUGUACAUUUGGGGUUGUGUUCUAUAAUAGGAAAAUUGGCCCGAAGACCUGUCUGCAAAAGUUUUAGCCCUGCAUAUGUUUAUGGCAGUUAUAAAUCCCUAAUAUGAAGUUAUAAUGGAACUACUGAUCUAUUUUAACUGUAGUGACAUGGUUAGCACAGCUAGAAUAUAUGUUCAGGGAGCUGGUUGUAAAGUUCCUUCAUGCACUGAAUCAUACUAAAUUCUCGGCACAGAAGAUGGUAGCAAGUAGAUAACUGGAUUGAAUUUAUUCACUGUCAUCGCCAUCUUGAUGUGAAAUCCACAAUGGCUGCAUUAUAUGAAGGUGAAGCAACAGCAGCAACUUGUUAUAUCAAAGUAUCUGAACAAGUUUUACCCUGCAGCUAAGUAACAAGUAUAUGGUACUUAGCUGUAAAGCUGCAUAAUAUGCCCUCUAACGGGUUACAAGAAAUCAGGGUUCCAGCUCUGAAAAUACUUAUUGAGUAUAGCAGCACAAGACACUUUCCAAAAAUUCCACAUCAGCCUAAAGUAAGCCAUAGCUUGCUCUCCUCUGUAUUUCUACUUCUCGCCUCCUUGCUCUAGUUUUUCCCAUGAUCGAAGUUUACAGGAUAUAUUCUCUUCUGAGUUAAACUGGAGUAACUGCACUGACACCAGUCUAACUCAGCUGAGAGUACAACUUGGCCCAAUAUGUACUGUGAGGCAAAUUUGAUUCUUGCCAGGAAGAGAUUAAGGUAAAUCAGUGUUACAAUACAUUGAUUUACUCCAGUGACGCAACAUUUUUUGAAGAGCCGCAUUUGGAUAGGCCUAAAUCCUGUGAGGUACUGAGCUCUUUCAACCCUUAUUCAUUUCAAUGGGAGUUGGGGCUUUUAGCACAUUGUUACCUUGUACAGAUAUUGGAUUUACUCCUAUAUAUUUCAAAUGUUUAUAUUUAUCUAAAAACAUUUCAACUUCUUUUAGAAGUCAUACUAAGUAACCUACUGAAUUUUUGGUAAAAUAGACCAAUACUAUUAACUAUUUUUUGAAGAUAGCUUUUUUCCGCUACACAAAUUAGGUCUCCUCAUCCAUAGUGAGAGCAGAAUGUUUCUGGUGACCAUGAAAGCACCAAUUUUGGACUUAACGGUUCACUGAGAAACCAAAGAGAAGUUCACCCAAUAGAACCAUUAGUAGUUAGGUCCUGUUUUCACUAACCAGGCAAUGGCGACUCGUGGGAGAGGCACAAAAGGUCAAGUGAUCCUCCAGUAGGAUCAGGUGCCCCCAGCAGCCGGCCUGGGGUGGAGGGAGGAAGGGGCAGUGUCAGAGCCAGAAGGGAAGAGGUGGGGCCAGAGCCUCUCCUCUUCCAGGCACCCUGCCCAGUGCAGCACAGCAGCUAACUGGGAGAGUGCCUGGCUGCGACAGCAGCAGGCUGCCCCCCGCCCAAGCUCAGUUUCUGGGGAGAGUGGCCAAGCAAGCCAGAGCCACCUCCCAGCAUGCUCAGAGUCAGGUCCUGUCCCCAGGAGCUGAGCAGCGACUAGUGAUUUUGGGUGUCCAAGUACAAACAUGUUAAAGGGCCCUGAUUUCCAGAGCCACUUCCUGAAUUAUAGAUUAUUAGGGUUGGAAGGGACCUCAGGAGGUCAUCUAGUCCAACCCCCUGCUCAAAGGACCAAUCCCCAAAUGGCCCCCUCAAGGAUUGAGCUCACAACCCUGGGUUUAGCAGGCCAAUGCUCAAACCACUGAGCUAUCCCUCCCUCCUAGUGUCCUUAGGUGUUUCAAGUUGAGCACUCAAAAAUCACUAGUUGCUUAAAAGUCCCGAACUUAGUUUUGCUGCCUACUUAGACCAUUUCCCUAACAAGGGCAGAAGGGGCCACUGUGGCUUUUAAAUUAUUAGGGUUUUUCCUUUAAUUUCCCACAUAUUGUUCUAGACUUUGUUUUUGAAGUUAGUGUUUGGACAUUUUUUGUAUCCCCACGCAUCUUUUACUAAAAAAAGUCACCAAGAUUGUGUGGAAGCAGAGAAAGAACUGACAGGAAGGGGAUUGCAAUGCUUCCACAAUUGUCUGACUUGCAUCGCUAACAAAAAAAAAAACAAAAAAAAAAGCUAAUGACAAAAUAGUGGGUUAACUUGGUUAAAAUCCUUUAAGCUGCUAAAUUCGGCAAGUAACAAAAUAUAGUUAAGGUCCAGUUGGGUUUGCAUUCUUGUAUUUGUGAAAAUGUUCAAGACCCAAAAGAACAACAUACUUGGUGUGAGAGCAUGUAAUAUCUUAUGCAUGACCAGUUUCUGCUUCUUUCCCACUGCAGGGGAAAAGAAGUCAUAAGAUUUAAUUUGCAGGCGUGCUGCAAGUGUGAUACACAAACAAUCAAUAAAUAGAUCAAAAUUUA